AUGGAGACAGCAGAAAGAAGGAAUCAAACACCCAUCGUGGAAUUGAUUCUUGUCGGGUUUGGAAACGGCCCUGAACUUCAGCCCCUCCUCUUCCUCCUGUUUCUAGUGAUCUACAUAGCAGCUCUGGCCGGGAACCUCCUCAUCUUUGUGCUAGUGGUGCCUGAUUCGCACCUUCACACCCCCAUGUACUAUUUUGUGGCCAACUUGUCCGCUGUGGAGAUCUGCUCCGUCUCCACCACCCUGCCCAGGCUGAUUGGCAGUCUGGCGACCGGGGACAGAACCAUUUCUCUACAGAACUGCUAUGUGCAAUUCUAUAUCUCUGUUAUCCUCUCCAAUGCAGAAUGUCUGCUGCUCACGGCCAUGUGCUACGAUCGGUAUCUAGCGAUCUGCCACCCCCUCCGUUACAAUGCUCUCAUGAACGGCCAGGUUUGCGGUCACUUGGUGGCCUGGGCCUGGAUAUUCGGCAUUUCCUACUACGUCAUGCUGCACAUUUUCAUUCUGCAAUUAAGAUACUGUGGUCCCAAAGAAUUUGACCAUUUCAUCUGUGAUUUCUCAGUCCUUGCAGAAUCGUUCUGUGGCAACACCAGGAUUCUGAAUUUGCUGUCCUUUCUUUUGUCUGUCAUUGUGAACGUUGGGAUCUUUCUCGUGACCCUGACGUCCUACAUUUGCAUUAUCGCCAGCAUCCUGAGAAUCCCUUCCGGCACCGGCAGGCAAAAGGCCUUUUCCACCUGCUCCUCCCACCUCACCGUGGUCACAGGUUACUAUGUGAGUGUAAUUAUAGUCUAUGUAGUUCCGCUGUUCAACCCUCCCGCAAUUGUGUACAAAAUAAUGUCUCUCUGGUUCGCAAUCCUGAUCCCCUUGCUCAAUCCUGUCAUCUACUGCCUGAGAAACAAGGAGGUCCAUCAGGCCCUGAGGAAAACUCUUCGGAAACUGGCUGCUUUUAGACACAGGCCUGAAGUGUGA